CAGGGUUUGCUUUUGGGCACGACUUGCAUUGUGUACUUGUUUGUGACCUGAGGUCGAGGACCUUCUUCUAGGUAGUCAAAACAGAGGAAGACCGAUCCUUAGCAUGGCCCUGAAGAUGCGGGUGAGCCAGCGCCAGGCGCUGGGCUCGCAGACCUUCGUCUGCCCCCACGGCUCAGUGGUGCGCAAGGCCGUGAGCUCCAAGGCCCGCGCCGUGUCGCGCCAGGCUCAGGUCGUUCGGGCUCAGGCUGUGUCGACCCCCGUUGAGACCAAGGUCGCGAACGGGGUGGCCGCAUCCUCUGCUGCGGGCACUGGGCAGAACGACCCGGCUGGCGACAUCAGCAAGACGGUGCUGGGUAUUAUUCUGGGUGGUGGUGCCGGCACCCGUCUGUAUCCUCUGACCAAGAAGCGUGCCAAGCCGGCGGUGCCCCUGGGCGCCAACUAUCGCCUGAUCGAUAUUCCCGUUAGCAACUGCCUGAACAGCAAUGUCACCAAGAUUUACUGCCUCACCCAGUUCAACUCGGCGUCGCUGAACCGCCACCUGUCCCAGGCCUACAACUCGUCUGUGGGCGGCUACAACAGCCGCGGCUUCGUGGAGGUGCUGGCGGCCAGCCAGUCGUCCGCCAACAAGAGCUGGUUCCAGGGCACCGCCGACGCCGUGCGCCAGUACAUGUGGCUGUUCGAGGAGGCGGUGCGCGAGGGCGUGGAGGACUUCCUCAUCCUGUCGGGCGACCACCUGUACCGCAUGGACUACCGCGACUUUGUCCGCAAGCACCGCAACUCGGGCGCCGCCAUCACCAUCGCCGCGCUGCCCUGCGCGGAGAAGGAGGCCAGCGCCUUCGGCCUGAUGAAGAUCGACGAGGAGGGCCGCGUGAUCGAGUUCGCGGAGAAGCCCAAGGGCGAGGCGCUGACCAAGAUGCGCGUGGACACCGGCAUCCUGGGCGUCGACCCCGCCACCGCCGCCGCCAAGCCCUACAUCGCCUCCAUGGGCAUCUACGUCAUGUCCGCCAAGGCGCUGCGCGAGCUGCUGUUGAACCGCAUGCCGGGCGCCAACGACUUCGGAAACGAGGUCAUCCCCGGCGCCAAGGACGCCGGCUUCAAGGUGCAGGCCUUCGCCUUUGACGGCUACUGGGAGGACAUCGGUACCGUGGAGGCCUUCUACAACGCCAACCUGGCGCUGACCGAUCCCGAGAAGGCGCAGUUCUCGUUCUACGACAAGGACGCGCCGAUCUACACCAUGUCGCGCUUCCUGCCGCCCUCCAAGGUGAUGGACUGCGACGUGAACAUGUCCAUCAUCGGCGACGGCUGCGUGAUCAAGGCCGGCUCCAAGAUCCACAACUCCAUCAUCGGCAUCCGCUCGCUGAUCGGCUCCGACUGCAUCAUCGACAGCGCGAUGAUGAUGGGCUCGGACUACUACGAGACCCUGGAGGAGUGCGAGUACGUGCCCGGCUGCCUGCCUAUGGGCGUGGGCGAUGGCUCCAUCAUCCGUCGCGCCAUUGUGGACAAGAACGCGCGCAUUGGUCCCAAGUGCCAGAUCAUCAACAAGGACGGCGUCAAGGAGGCCAACCGCGAGGACCAGGGCUUCGUGAUCAAGGACGGCAUUGUCGUCGUGAUCAAGGACUCGCACAUCCCCGCCGGCACCAUCAUCUAAACGUGAUGGCUCGGGCCGGGAAGAGGCGGCGCGGCGCAGAGCCGGCCGGCGCGGCGGCAGCCGGCGGCGCGCGGCGUGUGGCGGAGACGUUGGUGAUGGAGAGCAGACGGAGGUGGCGGGACCUCAGGCACAUUUCGGCAGCUGCCGCAGCGAGGAGCAGGGAGAGCGAGCGUGUGUGGGUGCACACGCUAGCGCGCACUCACGACCUGCAGCAGCAGCAGCCGUGGCGGAGAUGGCGGGAGCUGCUCGGGUACUGUUGAAGCGAGGCGGGCCCUUGGCUGCGUUUUUGGGUUGGAAUGUUGCGCAGUGACGGGACUCUAUAGAGUAGGGGGGAUUGAGUGUCCUUGGUUCGGGUGAACGCCAUGGACCGGUGCGGCACGGCGUGGCGUGGCACUGCGUUGCUGCGGAAGCGCAAGCUGCGGCCUUCCCGCAACGGUGCAGCAGCCGCAUCGGACGCAACACCCCAGGAGCGGCAGUAGCUGCCAGUCGCGUGCGGCUGUUUUGAGGGAGAGCGCUUUUUCGGGAGCGUGAACGGUCGGACCAAGCACCGGCGGUGGCAGCGGCAGGCCUUCGGCCCCCCGGCCCUUAAAGCUGCCGGCGCCAAGGCACGCCGCGAGGCGUGUGUGUUCCCGAGGUGCAGCCGGGCGGUGGCGGCUGCAGGGUGGGUGCGAGCCAGCUGGCGUGCCAUCCAGCACGGCGGCGGUUGUUGCGGCUCGGCGGUGGGGAAGGUGGAGCACUGAGCGGGCGUGGGUCGGGACGCUUCGCGGCUCACGCGGCGGUUGGCCGUUGCGGCUGCCUUCCGUGGGAUGCCGUAGGAGGGGCGGGUCCUUACUCGCUCGCGUCCCACCUGGGGGGUUGUAGUUUCUUAAUUUAGCGUGUACCAUGCUCAACAUUGUUUGACUCCCCCAGACCCUGCGAACCUGCAUCUGCGGAGGUAGAGAGGGCUCUUGGGUGUGUGCAGAUUUUUGGUUGUUUGGUUUGGGUGAUGGUGCAACAGUUUUGCGCGUGGCGAGUGUGUGCGUUCUCAGAUGAGGAGAAUUGUUUGUGCUAUGCAGAGUUGAGGCGAGAGGAAGACUUUUGGGCACGACUGCACCGUGCAUCCAUGGAGCACAGCUGCAUAGAAGCACGUGGGCAACGCACGGCUUGCACCGUCCGAUGCAUCGUCCCCUCCCCCAGAGAUUUGGACCGAGAGAAGAAAUCCAGCACAUGUAAACUCGUAUGAGGGCA